AUGGCCAUGUUUCUGAGGGGUGCAACAGUGGUAGCACUCGCAGCACAUGCUGUGUCUGGUGCUGCUGUUUUCAAACCUCAAGAUGAUGCCCUUGGAGGUAAUACCUGGCACAAAUAUGUUCGUUCCCCAAGCGACUCUUUGUUGAAGCCCCAGAGUAUCUUGUCUGCCAAUACGACUGGAAACGUCACGAACCCCGAUGGCUUACUUGGUGGGAACGGCUCACCCACAAUCCUGACACGCAACGAAGGGGAUACCAGUGUUCCUACUCUGGUCGUCGAUUUUGGGCAGAAUACCGUCGGUGUUGUGUCAAUUACGUUUGCGGGGUCUUCUAAUUCAUCUGAAGGGCUUCCUGGGUUGAAGCUGGCUUUUUCUGAAACCCAGCAAUAUUUGACGAAUGUCAGCGAUUUUACCAGGUCUGAUAACAUGGCCGCAGGUCAAAAGCUCACAAACGGAACCGAUCAGAUUGCCGUCGUCAACGAAAGAUACACCUGGAAAGAUCACACUGGCUGUCAAUACAAUAAUCAAGUGUGCUCCGAUGGUGUCCACGGUUUUCGAUACAUGAAGAUCUGGCUUGAUGCCCUCGAAAGUGAUGCUCCUUAUACUCAGCCUUACGGAUCAGUGUCUAUCUCAAGCAUUGAACUAGAAUGGUCUGCUUAUCUAGGAACGCCUGAUACUUUCACUGGAUGGUUUGAGUGCUCUGAUGAGGAUCUUACUCAAUGGUGGUACGAUGGUGUGUAUACCGCCGACAUGGGUACCGACGUGUUCCUCGCCAAUGAGACAGACCCCCGGAACUCGGCCUCUCCAUCUUUGGAAGGCAAGGAGGUUCUCUUCGAUGGCGCCAAGAGAGACAGAGAUCCUUAUGUUGGGGAUCUGGCUGUUGCUGCACUCACAACGUACUUGUCGCAUGACAAUCCUGACGCAACCCGCAACAUACUGGCUGAUUUGGCGAAUCACCAGCGCUCUGAUGGAUGGAUUCCACCUGCUAGCAUCAAUAAUUAUACACUGGAUUUGUAUGAUUAUCCGAUGUGGUGGGUUGUGUGUACAGAGGAUCUCGUUAUGUAUACCGGGGAUACAGACUUUGCAGCCCAGUAUUACGACGUGAUGAAAAAGACUUUGGACAACUACUUUGGCCAGAAUCUCACAUUCGAUGGCGGUCUUCUCAACAAGACUAACGGAUAUGGAGAUUACGCAUUCCUUCCGCGCUCCGGCAUCAUAACCUACUACAACGCUCUAUACGUCCAUGCCUUGAAAUCAGCCGCACACCUCGCCGCGAUCCUGGGUAAUUCAGCAGACAGCAAAACCUGGACCUCCCGUGCAUCUGCUGUAAGUGAAAAUCUCCUAGCCAGAAACUGGGAUCCAGCUGUAGGCGCAUUUUUCGACGGAGGACCCUGUCCAAAUGCAGCGGCAGAUACCAUCUGCAAUGUGCACGCCCAGGAUGGAAAUGGAAUAGCCGUGCUAUCCGGCUCUGUGAAUUCAUCUUUAGCCAAAGACCUCUUAGACUACUACGGCAACGCUACGUCGAAGUCAUACGGCAAUGCCUUCUAUGACAACGACCUCCUAUCAACCGGUUUCUCCGAGCGAGUAUACGCAUUCAUUUCUUAUUUCGAGCUUGCAGCUCGUUUCGCAACCCCUGGUACAUCCAGCUCAGCAUUUGAAGAGAUAAAGCGCUUAUAUGGCUGGAUGUCAAUCCACGACCCGAAAAUCACUUUCUGGGAAGGUAUUGGUCCCAAUGGAUCACCAUACGAAGAAGGAUUCACAUCCAUGGCUCAUGGAUGGUCAACAGGUAUCGUGCCGCUGAUGAGCAACUACGUCCUCGGUGUUCGGCCUACCGGUCCGGGUUUUAAGACCUGGCAAAUCUGUCCGGUGAUUGAUGGUGGGGAUCUCACGUGGGCUAGGGGGCAAGUCGGUACUCCGCGGGGCCCUAUCCGGGUUUCUUGGAGGAAGAACAACAAUGGUACUUUUGGUCUUGAGAUUGAAGCUCCGGAGGGUACUGGUGGGGUUAUUUGUGUGCCUAGUACCGGAUUCAAGAGCAAUCGCGUCGUUAUGGAUGGAGAGGAGGUAAAACAGAUGGCCGAUGUGCCCGUUUUCGGUCCUAUCGCGACGGGUGGAGAGGGUUUUACUUUGGUUCAAGCAAGAGGAGGUUCCCAUACGAUCCUCGUUGGAGCUUGA